AUGGCCCUCAAGCUUAAGCAACGAAAUGUGUCAGAAAUCGCCUCUACGCCAAAGGUGGACACUACAGCAAUCGUGCGGGGUGUGAUUGAUGAAAUCCGUGCAACCGGCGAUCAGGGGGUAAGAAAGUACUCAGAGAAAUUUGACAAAUGGAGUCCCGUCAGCUUCAAGCUUUCACAAGAAGAAAUCCAGUCAAUCAUCUCCACUGUGCCGCAGCAGAUCAUCAAUGAUAUCAAGCAGGUGCAGGAGAAUGUUCGAACAUUUGCACUGGCUCAACGGGCCUGUAUUAAGGACUUCGAGAUGGAAAUCCGACCUGGUGUGCAUCUGGGCCACAAGAAUGUCCCAAUCAACUCCGUUGGAGCUUAUAUUCCUGGUGGUCGCUACCCCCUCCUCGCCUCAGCCCAUAUGACCAUUCUCACUGCCAAAUGCGCUGGAGUUCCCCAUGUCACUGCCUGCACCCCUCCGAUCGCCGGAAAGAUCCCGGCCAACACCGUCGCCGCCAUGUACUUCGCUGGUGCGGAUGAUAUUUAUGUCUUGGGUGGUGUCCAGGCCGUGGCAUCAAUGGCCAUCGGAACCGAGACAAUGAAGAAGGUAGACUUCAUCGCUGGACCCGGAAAUGCCUUUGUCGCCGAGGCCAAGCGGCAGCUGUUCGGCGAAGAAAUCGGCAUUGAUCUCCCCGCCGGACCAACCGAGAUUCUGAUCCCGAGCACGGCCCCGACUCCCCCCGCUGUCCUGAUUACCAACUCUAAGACAAUCGGUGAGAAGACUAUCGCAGAAGUCGAUCGUCUGCUCAAGAUUCUCCCUACGGCCGACAUCGCAGCUGUAUCCUGGGAUCGCCUCGGCGAGGUCAUUGUUGUGGACAACCUCGAUGAGGCAUACAAGCUCGCAGAUGAGUACGCAUACGAGCAUGUCCAAAUCCUUACCAAAAGCCCGCGCGAGGCUCUGGAAAAGAUGUCCAACUAUGGAGCAUUAUUCCUGGGGGAGAAGACCUGUGUCUCCUAUGGGGACAAAUGCAUUGGAACCAACCACGUCCUCCCCACUCGUGGUGCAGCCAGGUACACUGGCGGUCUGUGGGUUGGCAAGUACCUGAAAACUGUUACGUAUCAAGAAGUUACAUCCGAGCAGGAAAGUGGCGAACUGGGUCGUCUUUGUGGUCGCUCUGCACGUGCAGAAAACUUCGAAGGUCAUGCUCGCUCUGGUGACGCCCGUGCUCAUCAGUAUUUGGGCGAUCAGUUUGAUUGGAUCUAG